GUGUUUUUGUUGCGCGGUUUCAUGUCAUUUCAGUAGUGCUAAAUUGUUUUUUUAUUUAACGUUAUUGUUUAAACGUCGAAUUAUUCGAUUAAACUUUGAUUUUAAAAUUAUAAUUUUAUGUUUUAUUGAAAUAUUUUCAUCUUGGUAUAGGUUAAAACAAAAAAGCCAUCUUUAAUUUUUUAAAAAUGUCCACCAGAGAAAUAUUGACAAUUCAACUAGGGCAUUAUGCUAAUUUUGUUGGAACACAUUGGUGGAAUAUUCAGGAAAACAAUUUUUCAUAUGACCCUGAAAAUCCAUCAGAAAUCAAUCCCGAUGUUCUAUACAGACAAGGAGAACUUAGAAAGAAAGUUACAUACACGCCAAGAUUGCUAUUAGCAGAUUUAAAAGGUACAUUUGGAUACUUGAGUGAAGAAGGUAAUCUUGAAGAAAUUUUACCAGAUGACAAGAAAGAACAGCCAGAAAUACUGUGGCACGAAGAUAAGCUAGAAAGUACAGUACAACCUCCAUCUAAAAAAUCCCCUUUUGUGCAAAGUCUUGAACAGACGAAUAAUCUGGCAGAAAAAAUCACCUAUGACCUCGAAAAAGAAACAAAAACUUGGACAGAUUACUUGGUUCCUCGUUUUCAUCCUAGAACUGUUAAUAUUAUCACAGACCAUGAGCAUUGUUCCACCACACAACCAUUCAAUGUAUUUCCCCUGGGACAAAGUUUGUGGAAAACUGAAAAAUUUUCAGAAGACUUUACUGAUAAAAUAAGACUUUAUGUCGAAGAGUGCGACUUCAUGCAAGGUUUCCAGGUUCUUGUAGAUGCAGAUAACGGAUUCGCAGGAUUGGGGGCAUCUUGCAUUCAACAUUUAAGAGACGAGUAUGGAAAAAGUAUACUGACUAUUCCAGUGAUAGACUCGGAACAAAGAAAACCGUCGCUGGAAGAUAGAGCAAGAAUAGUCAACACAGUGCUGAGCUGGGAACAGUUUGGGGAACAUUCGUCUCUGUUUAGUCCAUUGUGUUGUAGUUCAACUGCUUGGCUUACUCCAGGCAGAGCAAGGAUAUUCGAUAAUCUAAAUUAUCAAUCUGAUCUCAAAUACCAUUCAAGCUCUUUGCUCGCAAGUGCCUUGGAUACACUCACUUUGCGCUACAGACAUAAGAAAUAUCCCAUGUCCACUUUGUCCGAUCUGUGUGUCGAUUUGAACAAACUAGGCAGAAAAGUAGCAGCUACUAGUUUAAGUUUGCCAUUUCCUAUUGCAGAAAACCAAGAUUUAAUUGACAUGUUGGAAGAUCUUGAUGAUAGUGUCCCAUGGACAAGUCUGACUCCCAAUUGCGAAAUAGGUAACGAGUAUGUCUCUCAAAGUGUAGCUCUGAGAGGUAUUCCAGAGAAUAGAUUGAAACGACCAAUGGAAGAUGCAAAAGAUCAAAUGGAGAAACUAGCAUACAGAUAUUCGUCUGUUCACGAAAUGAUGAGUCUUUACCUGGAUGGUGCGUGUUAUGCUUCAGCAUCACAUCUGACAACAGUUGAAAGAGGACUACUAGUUAAAGAUCCGUUCCCGAAAAUAUUCAACAGUAACGUGUCGACAGAUGGAAAUAUUACAUCUAAAUUGCGUGAUGGAGAUGUCAAAAGUGUGGCAAUUAUGGCUGGCUUGCACUCUGGUAGGUUCAUUGCAGACAUGUACGAGGCUCUUAUCAAAGAAACCAAAAAAGUCGGAAGCCUACGGAAAUUCCAUGCCUUUGAAAUAUCAGGGUUGGAGCAGGAUGAGUUUCAAGAAAGCGUUCAUAAUCUAAUUGAUUGCAAAGAAAACUACGAAGAGCACGACAACUGA